GUGACUUGGCCUGCUACGAGACCUUAGUGAGGAGGUUGCAGGAUGUUGUGACUAGGCUGUCCAGCCGUCCCUCCCAAGCGUUCUUAUACUUUUCCGAUUAGUGUCUCCCGCAAGUUCACGUGCAUUGAGCGUUGCUUGACGACAUCCCCAGGUUAACGAAGCUGUCUUGCCUAGGAGUGCUACCCGCUUAGUGCUUGUUUCACCCGAUCUUUCCCUCCGCAUCGAGGAACUGUUCUCCCAAGCCUAGAACUGUGAAUCGGCCAUCAUCUACAGGACCUUUUGAAAACUGUGAGAUCACCAUACUCACAGCACGUCUCUGAAAAUGGUGUCCAAGGCUCAGAAGGCACACAAGUAUCCGCUGGUAAAGCUACCGCAUCCUUUUCUGACCGCAUAUGCUGUUCACGAGAUUGGCCCAUCAAGGCUCUCCCUGACACUGGAUGGUCAGCCCUCAUCUGGACGACAGCCAACCCAACCACUACACCACGACUCGCUGUCAUGGCUGGAACUAUCGCCUCCUCCCAUGCAACAAUCUCCGCCUCUCUCGAACAACAGUGCAUGGGCAAGAGCACGUCGAAGUCCCCAGACCACGUUUGAAUGGUCCGGCACCAAUACACCUUCACUCGGCCAGACCUGGAACGUGAUUCAUGCAAUCUACCUCGCCCACCCGAGCAACGAGUACUUCCGCCUGACUCUCUCGGGCCCAGGAGACCAGAUCAUUCGAUCUGAAUUGCUCGCUACAGGACUGGCAAUUGACCAUCCCAAACCAUGGGGACCCAAAGACGACAAAACCGCGUCCCUCGACAAGCUUUUGAUCCUACGAAGUUCAUUCUGGCAAGGCGCCGGCUCCCCCUUGGGCCCUCGUCCAAUAUGGGUGGUCGGAGAUGGUACAGAUGGUCCUCUACGCCAACCACUAGCCCAAUAUCCCGCCAUGCCCGAGAUCUACCAAAUCACCAUGAAAUUCCCGGAUGAGGCAGUGUACACUCGCCACCCGAUCCGUCGGCCCAAGCCACAUCCACGCUCGAUCGCGUAUAGUCGGUACAUCCCGGAGUUGGAUGAACACUUCUCGCUCGAGGUGGUCGAUUGGCAGGACCAGGAGCACUUGGCGCUGUUCAAUAAAUGGCAGAACGACCCACGAGUGGCACAGGGCUGGAACGAGACUGGAACACUGGACCAGCAUCGCGAGUACCUUCGUAAACUGUGGUUCGAUCCUCACGUCUUGUGCUUGUUCGGACGUUUCAAUGAUAACCGUUUCGCGUAUUUUGAAUUAUACUGGGCAAAGGAAGAUCAUUACGGCGCACACUACGACGCCGGAGACUACGAUCGUGGCCGCCAUUCCCUCGUCGGGGACGAAUCGUUCCGAGGCGCCCGGCGAGUCAACGCCUGGUACUCCGGCUGUAUUCACUAUUGCUUCUUGGACGAGCCGCGCGUGGCGAACGUCGUGGGCGAACCAAAGGCGACGGGGGCUACUAUCUUGUCCUACGAGCAGUCCCAGGGUCUGGCCAUCGGAAAGUACGUUGACCUCGGCCACAAGCGUUCCGUGCAUUCGAUAUGUAGUAAGGAGAAGUGGUUUCAAUUGUGUCCGUUGUUCUGGGAUGGAAGAGAUCGGCCACUCGAGUCGUCUGAUAGAGCGGCUUGGAAUGCGAAGCUCUAGGUGAACAGCAAUGUCGGGGUACUUAGAAUCAAUCAUCAAGAUACAAAGUAGAAACCCCUAUUUGCUGUGCAGCGACAAAGCAUUAUCGUGCCGGUUCAAGUAAGCACUCGCAAAUCAUGCGAUAUGUA